AUGGCUCCUAAAGGCCACGAUAAUGAAGAAAUGCUCCAGCGGAAUGCCAGCAAAGUACGGCAGGUUGCGUCCGCCGCCCGCUCAAAGGUUUUAACCAUCGACUCAAUGAAUGAGCGAGUCAAAGCUGUGCAGUACGCCGUUCGAGGGCCAAUCGUCAUCCGCGCUGGCGAGAUCGAAAAUCAACUCAAGGCUGGUUCCACUGAGUUUCCUUUCGAUGAAGUUAUCAAGUGCAAUAUUGGCGAUGCGCACGCCAUGCAGCAGAAACCAAUCACUUACCUCCGGCAGGUAGUCACUGGAACUUGCUACCCCGAUCUUAUGGACGGAGAAAAUAAUAAUGGCGUCAUUCCCAAAGAUGCUUCCGAGCAAGCAAGGCGAAUUCUCGGAAGCUGCGGCGGAGGCUCAGUCGGUGCAUAUUCCAACUCAGCUGGAGUUCCAGUCAUUCGCGAAGACGUCGCGAAAUACAUCGAAAAACGCGACGGAAUCGGCAACGUCGACCCUGAAAACAUCGUCCUUUCUACCGGCGCUUCUGGCUCAAUCACGACGCUUUUGAAGAUGCUUGUCAAUGGACCACAAGAUGGAAUUAUGAUUCCGAUUCCUCAAUAUCCACUUUACUCCGCCUGCCUCGCCGAGUUUAAUGCAACUGUUGUUCCGUAUUAUUUAAACGAAGAGACGAACUGGUCUCUUGAUCUUGAAGAGCUUGAGCGAGCUUACAGCGAGUCUGAUGUGAAGCCCAAAGCCAUCUGUAUCAUCAAUCCCGGCAACCCAACUGGCCAAGUCGCCUCCUAUGAAAAUAUCAAAAAAGUCCUCAACUUUGCCUACUCCCGCGGCUUGUUCGUCCUCGCCGAUGAAGUCUACCAGGAUAAUGUGUACGCGGAAGGAGCAAAGUUCCAUUCAUUCCGAAAAGUUCUCUUGGAAAUGGGCGAACCGUACGCUUCCGAAGUUGAAUUGGCUUCUUUCCACUCUACUUCAAAGGGUUACAUGGGUGAAUGUGGCUUCAGAUCUGGAUACAUGGAGAUUUUGAACAUGGACCCUGAUGUCAAAGCUCAACUUGUCAAGCUUAUUUCUUCCCGCCUCUGCCCUCCAGUACCUGGCCAGGCUGCCAUGGACGUCGUCGUCAACCCUCCAGUUCCGGGCGACGACUCCUACGAGCUGUACAUCCAAGAAAGAACAAAAGUCCUCGCCGAUUUGAAAUACAAAGCCAAACUUGUUGCCGAUACUUUUAACGCUAUUGAAGGAAUUAGCUGCCAACCUGUACAGGGCGCCAUGUAUGCUUUCCCAAAUAUCAAACUUCCAGAAAAGUUCAUCAAAGAAGCAGGCCAAAAGGGUCUUGUCCCAGACGCGUACUACUGUACGCUUUUGCUUGAGCAGACUGGCAUUUGCGUCGUUGCGGGCUCUGGUUUCCGACAAAAGGCCGGAAGCUGGCAUUUCCGAACGACAAUUCUGCCGCCAAAGGAGAAGAUGGAAAAGUUCGCGAAGCUGUUCACCGAGUUCCACCUCGGAAUCCUCGCCAAGUACGAGUGA